UGACUAUACCUGAAGCUGGUUUGAUACCCUUGGGGAGAAAAAAGUUCAGUAAGAGCCCAGGCAGGCCCGCUAUUGCUGGUGGCCCAACUCAUCAACAUUCUCAGUUGCACAACCGCUGUUUUUGAAACCUAGAAGCAACAUCAGAGACACACAAAACAGUCAGUUCCUUCAAACGAAACCUAAACGACAGUUCAACAGCUCCCAUUUUGACUUCUGGCUUCAAACGAUUUCUCUUUCAGAUUUAGUUUCCCUCGAGGUGUUAAACCCGAAACCUGUUCGCCAAAAUGCACAAAAUUUUUCGACCUUUGGUUCAAGUUUCAAAGUCAGUUUCAAGAUCUCUACACCCACCGAACUUGAUUCUGUUUUUCGUUCAUGAUUUUUCACAAUCAACCUCAAUUCCCAAAAAGCAACAACGGGUUAGAGAUCAUGGAUACGACAACUACAUGGAAAUCGAGAAAAAAAUACGCAAAGUUCUUAAAGUUCAAGAACUUAUUCUCUCCCAGCCAAACUCUAUGCUCUCAUCAGCCCGUUUAGACAAUCUUUCUCGCCGACUCGGGUUCAAACAGUUUGAAGCGGGCCGUUUUGUCCUCAAAUUCCCACACAUAUUCGAUGUUUUCGAACACCCGGUUCAACGUAUACUUUACUGCAGACUUACAAGAAAAGCCCUUAUCCAAAUUCAGCAAGAAAACGAAGCCGUCAUGGCCCAAAUCGAUGAUUCCGUGACCCGUUUACGAAAGCUCCUAAUGCUGUCAAACACUAAACGGUUAGGGCUAGAGCAUGUACGGAUUGCAAAGAGAGAGUUCGGGUUCCCGGAGGACUUUGAAUAUUCCGUAAUUCUGAAACACCCCGAAUUUUUUCGAUUAUUUGAAGAUAAAGAAAGUAAAAGUAAGUACAUCGAAUUAGUCGAAAAAGACCCGGAACUCGGUGUCUGUGCUAUAGAGAAAGUUAGGGAAUACGAGUAUCGAGAAAAAGGCGGAGACGCUGAAAACAUACGGUUUUCGUUUAUUAUCAAUUUCCCACCCGGGUUCAAAACCGGGAAGUAUUACAAAAUCGCCAUUUGGAAAUGGCAACGGCUUCCGUAUUGGUCACCGUACGAGGACGUGUCGGGUUACGAUAUGCGAUCACUCGAGGCUCAAAAGAGGAUGGAAAAGAGGGCGGUUGCUAUGAUUCAUGAAAUAUUAUCGUUAACUGUCGAGAAAAAGAUUAGUUUGGAGAGAAUUGCACAUUUUAGGAUUACUAUGAAUCUGCCGAAAAAGCUUAAAGAUUUUCUUCUUCAACAUCAGGGAAUAUUUUAUAUUUCGACGCGAGGGAAUUACGGGAAGCUUCAUACGAUUUUCUUGCGAGAAGCGUAUAAUAAGGGGGAAUUGAUUGAACCGAAUGAGGUGUAUUUGGCAAGACGACAGUUGGCUAAGCUGAUCACUUUGAGGAGACUGAAUACGGAUCAUCAGUUUGUUUAUCAUAGGAGGGAAAGUGUGAGUGAUCGUUUUGACAGAGUUGACUUAGAUCAAGUCAAAAUUGGUUCUGAAAAGUCUUGGAAUGAGGUCAAAAUCGGUGAUAAUGAGCAGGGGAGUGAUGGUUCAGAAUCUGAUUUGGAGAGUGAUGGCGAGUGUUGUGGCGUUGAUGAAGAAGAUGAGGAAAACAAACUGAUUGAUUAAUCUUUCUAGACUGUGCAUUUUGUGAGUCGAAGCUUCCUUUUUUUAAAGAAACCAGAUUAUCAAAUGGCCGACGACGCAGCUUCAACUAACGCUUAGGGUUGACAUCAAUCGUCUCGUCCUCUUCGGACCAAGAUCAAAGCACAUGGGUGACUCCUUUCAUGGCACCUAACUCUCAGAUGUCUCCGGAGAAAGGCGAGCUGCAGAAGACGAGAAGCUUUCCGUUGCAACGAACCACAAGUUUUCCAGAAGAGGAUGAUGUUGAUAAAAGAGCUGAAAGGUUUAUAUCGAAUUUUUAUCGACAGUUGAAGAUGGAAAGACAGGUUUCUUUGCAGCGAAAGCAUACUAGCUUUGAGUCAUCUAAUACUUUUUCACCGUGAUCGUGUAUGAGGCGUUCUGAGCAAGUAUUUUUAUGAUCAGAUCGAUGAAAUCAGGUUUGAUCAAUAUAUAUGGAGGUCUUUGUUUCGGUGAUAAGAUCUUCAGUUGUUUGUUUGAUUUUGAUUCUUUUAUGAGUUCAGUACCCGAAAGGGGAAAAAAGAAUUUGGCUGCUUGGAUAGUCAGCUCUAAAUUCUCUAAAUUUUCAUGUAUAUUCUUGUAUAAUAAUAAUGAGAAUAUUAUGUAAAUAUUUAUUUUUCAUCUGAAAUUUGGAGUUAUUUUGA